GGUCUUGGACGAUUUCACACUGAUUUUCACAGUAAACAUUCUAAUGGUCUAAUUUACCUGUAAACAAGCUGAGGCAAUUAUAAAUUUUGAUCUAUGUCAAUAACAGGUUACCAAAUGUUAAUGUUAUUUUCGCUGUAAUAGUCGCUGUUAUAAUACAGAAGAAGAAGACGGCGGAACUACGAAAGUGCGUUAUUUCAUUUUUAUACCAUUUAAUUUAAUUAGAAAUUUAAGUAAUUCAACAAUAUGCGUGUGUGAAUUUAAUGUAAUAAUAAAAACUAACAAGAGCCCCACGGCACAGCGUGUACAUGGCAAAAAAUUGACGCGAAAUAUAACUGCCAAAAACAACAACCACAGCAGCAGCGACCAGCGCACCAACAACAACAGCAGCAGCAACAACAACGCAAUUGUGAUAGACAAAGAAAUAGAUUAAGAAGGGGAAAACGAAACAGCAAAGAGCCCAACAACAAAAUAAUAUAACGCAAAACAAAAACAAAACGCAACAUAUAUUAAUAUUAAGCAUAUCGCGUGAGUUUGGGCAGCUUUAACACAUUGCUCUGAUUUCUUUUUUAUACGCAACAAAAAGUGAUACAAAAAAUAAGGAAAAAGCAAUAAACAGGCAAAAGCAAUGCUGUACAAAAUAAAUAAGAAUAUACAUUAUUAAAGGAAAAGCAAAAACGCUGGCGCUGACGCUAAGAGAACAGAAAAAGACGAAGAAGGAGCAGAAGGAGAAGCUAAAGCUGGCCACCAGCAGCUUUUGUUUUGGGCUCCGACGUCAACGUCGCUGCUGCUGCGGACACACACAAACAAACACACACACACAUACAGGCACACACAGCCACAGCUGAUGUCAAAUCAUUCGCAGCGUUCGUGUUCGUGAGCGUUUUCAAUUGAUUAAAACCAAAACACACGUACACGGACAGACCACAAACAAACAAAUACAAUCAUAUAUAAAAACACACACACAGGCCAGCCAUUGUGAAAAUUGAUUAAAGAUUACAAGUUAUAGUUUAUGCAAACAAGUACAUUGCUGAUGACGCCCUUUUUGCUGCAUAAAUUUCGAAUGGCCGCCCACAAGCCCCAUGCCUACAUCCCCACCCACUCCCGCUCCAACACUGUGAAACCAAAUGCAGCUCUGCACCUGCUGCCAUUUUCUUUUUGAACGUCAGGCAACCCUUGUUUCUUUCGUGCUGUUGUUAUUUGUUUGUGUGCGUCGGUUGGUUCGAGCCAAAUUACAAUUAAUUGCAACAAUUUACAUAUUUUAAGCGCAUAUCUAAAUUAGUUUUCGCACAAAUUAUAACGUUUGGUAAUUGCAACUGUCAUUUUUUCUCUAUCUCUGUGUCUCUGCGUUUUCGCUCAAUUCAUUUUUGCUAGCCCAAAACAAUCGGCGCGUAGACAAAAUGCAACGUAAUGGAAUAUAACAAAGUGCAGGCCAAAACAAUACACAAACGCACACACAAACACAAGCAAAUGAAUACGCAUACAAGUGCAUAGUGCAGUUUGUGAUGGCCAGUGCUGCCAACCCAGCGACAGAAAUAUCAUAUGUGCUUCAAAACUGGCUGUUACUGCUGUUUUUAUUAAUGUAAUGCAAUCGUGAUGUGAUCGCGCGCAUCAGCUGUUCACAAACAGCUGCGUAUCGACGGGUUUAAGCAAGGUCUCCAUAAUUUUCGCCUCUCAACGCUAGGUGGCAGCACCACGUGAAGCAAACAUACAUAAACACACACACACACGUGCACAUGCACUUGCAUGAACUCGGAAAGCAUUAGCACUGCCAAACAAAGAGGAGACAAGAAGAAGAAGAGGAAGAAGCAAAGUGUAGAAGUAGGUGGCGGAGGAGGAGGAGAGCAACCGUUGAAGCCCAAACAAUCACCGACAGCUGCUGCCUCAUGAUGUUGUACGUAUUCCAUGUGGACGUCGGUCGCAUGCUGAGCUUCGAUAUGACCGUUGCUCUGUCCUCGGUGGAGAAUCUUAAGGAGACAAUACAACGGCUACACGGCCUGCCCGCUGCCAAUAUUGUGUUGCUGGUUAGCGGAGGCGAGAUGCUGACACACUCCACACAGGUGUCCUGCUAUUCGGCGGGCACCGAUACGAAUCCAAUUUUUAUGUUUCUCACCGGCGACGAGCGGCUGGCGCCAACGAUAGCCAGCGGCGGGAGCGGCGGCGGAGGCGGUGGCAGCGGCGCUGGUAGGACAGCCAGUGAAGUGAUAGAUGCAGAACUGCGACGUCAGGUGGAGGAGAAUCAGCCCGCUGUACUGGAGACGGUGCGUCAACGUGCAACGCUGGCGCAGCGCUUGCGCGAACUGGGCCGCAAAGAGGAGCUGUUGUGCGAGCGUCUGGUGCACGAGCAGCAUCUGCAGCAGCAGGGCUGGUCUGCGGUGGUGGCCAACAUGGAGGAUCUGACGAGCGAGUUCAGUGAGCGCUUUCACAACUUCUGUCUGGCCUUCGAUCGUCAUCUGGAGCAGCGCGAGAGCUACCUGGAACUGUUGCGCAACUUUGGCGAUGAUCUCAAGCAGCUGGCGCGCAUACCCAUAUUGCCGGCACUGAUGGCGCUGGCCCAGGCCGAUUUCCAUGGCUUUGACGAGCUGCUCGGCAACGACAACGUUGACGAAGACGUUGGGCAGCUGCAGCCGGCAACGGAGACUGAGGUGGGGGAGGCGGGCGAGAGCGUGGAGAAAAGCAGCAGCAGUACAUCGCCCAACAAGAAACUGAAAAUGGGUCACGAACAAGAUGAGCAAGAGGAAACCUCCAACUCAAAGCAACAGCAGCAGCAGCACCAGCUCAAUCUGCUGCAGUGGAUCAGCUCGAAGGGCAAUCACGCGGCGCUGCAGCAAAUGUGCGAUGAGUGCGUCCAGGGACUGGACACCUUCUCCCUGGAAAUUUACGAGAAACUGAAGCUCGAGGUGCAGAACAUCAUCAAGAGUGCCAAGCAGAGCGACGUCAAGGAGAUCAAAGGCCUGAGCGAUCGUCUGUACCGUCUCGACGAGUUCAAGUACGAGAUACGCAAAAUCGUCCAGGUUCAGCGGGAACAGGCGACAGCGUUCCAACAAAACGAAAGCCGUGCGGUGAAUCUGCGCGAUAACUCGGUGCUGCCCGAUUUGUGCCUCUCGCAUCGCUCCCAGCUGAUGGUGAUGCGCGAUAAUCAUAUUAAGAUACGCGAAUAUAGUCGCUGCAUAGCCAACUCCAAGGAGGAGCUGGGACGCAAUCUGAACACGCGUCUGCGUCGCAUCGUUUGGAUCGAGAACGGAAUGAGCGAGUUCGACAAUCGCUUGCUCUUCUAUCUGCGGUGCCUGCGGCGGGCCGAGCGCCACAUCAGCAUCAUCGAGCAGAUACAUCGGGCGCCGAACACCUAUGUGGCGGCCGUUACGGAGGUGGUGCGUCGCAAGAUUUUCUCGGAUGAGUUCCGUUUGUGGGCAUCGCGGCUGUCGGUUGAUUUUGAUCGCAUCCACAGCGAGGAGAUGGAGCGGCGGCGUCUCUUCAACGACAGCUUCGAUGGUCACUUUUUGAAUAUUCUAUUUCCGGGCAUGGCAGAUAUGCCGCCCACGUUCGCCAAUGAGCAUCCCGAGCUCAGCUUCGACACACGUCUGCCCCAGCUGAGCUGCUCCGAUAUUGAGCUGUUGUCCGCCCAGCUGCCCGACCUGGCCACGCAGCUCCAGCUGCCGGACAUGGCCCCCGUCUUGCAGUUCUUUGAGCAGCGGCACAAGACGGCAGCGCAACCGGAGCAGAUGGAACUGGCGCCAACAGCUGUCUGUCAGCCUGUCAGCACACAAAGCGUGAGCACCUCCACCAGCCAGAAUGUGGAGCAGAUUGCGCGCAGCACCGCCACGGAACAGCUGCUGAUGCUCAGCGCCAGCACGCUGACGGAUGACAAUGCUGGCAGCGUGCAGCGGCUGCGCGAUGCCCUCCAGGACAUGUCCAAGCUGGCGCUGCAGUGCCUGGCCAUGGCGCGCUCCAAUCUGAGUAGCCUGCGCAACGAGCUGACCCGUGGCUACCAGGAUGAACUGCAGUCGCAGCUGCAGAUGUUGCAGGAAAAGUGGCAGCUGCUCCGCAUGCAGUGCGAGCAGCGGGAGCAGCAGCAGGCGGAGCAGCUGGAGCAAUUGCGUCAACAGCUGCUGGCGGCGGACCAGGAUAAGAUGGCGGCCGUUGCCCAGGCACGCGAGCAGCUAAUACACGAGCACAAAACUGAGCUGGAAUCGCUGCGCUGCCGCUUCAAGCUGAUGACCUCAAUGGAGCGUUCGCCGUCGGACAGCAGCCUGGAGAAGCUGGAGCGGCCCACGAGCAGCGCCAGUGUGGCCAGCCUGGAUGUCGAACAGCUUCUGGCGCAGCAGCGACAGGAGUUGCUCGCCCAACGGGAGCGCGCCAUCAGCGAAGCUGUCGAGGCGGAGCGCGCUCUCUGGCAGUCGCGGCAACAGUUGCCGCCACUGAACUCAGAAUCUGUGAUGGCCAAUGUGUCUAUAUUGAAGGACGUUUUAGAGGACAAGGAGCGACAGCUGGACUUACUGCGUGAACAGAAUCAAUUGCUCACACAGGAGAGCUACCAGCUCAAGACGCGUCUCGAGAUGCUCACCAAUGAGGAUGGCAACAGCUGGCUAAAGGAGAAGAUCGACUAUCUGAGCCGCGACAAGUGCCGGCUGGAGGAGGAGCUCAGCCAGGAGAAGAGCAAGCGGCUCGAAAUGGAGUCCAGUGUGGCUGCAAUGAGAAGUUCCACUUAUGAACUGGGCGCUGCAGGCAUGAGCGGCACACUGACGCGCUCCAAGUCAAGUGGCGGCGGCGGCGGCGGCUCCUCCUCGUCGAGUCAUCGCCACAUCACACUCGAGGGCUGCAGCAAGGGCGAUUUGGUGUUUGUGAUUUGGAGCAUGCGGCAUGGACAGUUCAUGGUCGUGCAGGAUUCGCUCACCCUUUACUUUGUGCAUGCGGACAGUUUGCCCGCUCUGCAGCUAACGGCGCCUACGACGACGGCAUCUUCUUCUUCUCUGCCGCCUGGCGCCGAGGGGCCACUGGCUGUCGCGGAACUGAAUCACAUACCGCUGCCCUACUACGCUAUCGGGCGCAUAAUCGACAAGGAGUACUGCCAGGCGCGCAAGGACGAGAAUCGUUAUCGUGUCAGCAAGGGGUCCAAGUUCUAUCGGAUCAAGCUGGCGCCACUGUCCUCGCGAUAUCCGUUGCGUCGUGAGCGUUUGGAAUCAGCAAGCUCAAUCGGCGUUAUUAGCCGCUGGCAGCUGGCGACGGCGGUGCGAGAUGUAAUUGAUGCGCCCGGUUCAACUAGCAUUGCUGGCAGCAGCGUCUAUCAGAGUUUCAAAGAGCGCACGGUGAGCAUCUCUAGCGUUAACGAAGAGGAGGACGAGUCGGCCUCGUUGCUCAGCGAGCGCUGUCGCUACAUCAGCGUUAGUGAGGAGGAUGAAUUGCUGGCGCUUGCUGCUGGCGGCGGCGGCGGCACAGAAUCAACAACAGCGACAGCAGCAGCAGCAGCAACAACAAUAACAACAACAAUAACUGAAACGGCAGCAGCGACGGCAACUCAAGCACAGUCUGUGAUAACAGAGCAGCCAACGGCAUCAAGAAAACUAAAGUUGGAUCUACUGUUGGCCUCUGCUGAUAUAAUAACACAAUCCCCAACACAACAACUACAACAACAACAACCGCAACAGGCGGAGGAGGGUGAGAAGAAAUCAAAGGAAGAAGCUGCACAGUCGGAGCCUGUGGCGGACAACACGACGACAACGAUUACCACAAAUGUACCCAAUCCUGUUUCGGCUGCAAAUCCAAGCGAGCUGGUCGAAGAGCCAGUCUCUAUCUAUGUAUCCAAAGCAGCAGCAGCAACAACACCAACAACACCAACAACAACGACGUCGGCAACAGUUAGCGAUGUUGUUGUUGUCGUGGAGCCAAUUGUAAACACAGCGGCAAUAUUACCAAGAUCAGUUGGUACGGCAACCAUUAGCGAGGAUUCCGAUGAGUAUCGCUCGCUAGAGGGCAAGGAUGAAGCCGAUUUUCCCAUUUCCGAAUAGUGUACGAGAAUAAUACAAGUUUUUAUAUAUAAUUAUAUAUAGGAUGUCCUGAAGCCGUAGAUAACGGCAUAGAAAUGGCAACAGACGUCGCGACGUGUUUAUUUAGGCUAAAACUCUUACUAUUUAUAUAGGAAUCGCCACCUUCCUCCGCCACCCCAACCCACAACUACCGCCUUUGACAAGUGAGCCAUGGCGGAGACGACGGCGCAACACACACACACACACACACACACACACACAAGAAACUCACAUAGCACAUGAAGAAGAAAGUUAUAUACUUAAAUAAUUUAAUGUUUACAAAUUCUGCAAAUGGAAAAAAACAAAAAAAAAAGUAACGAAACUAACGGCUAAAGUUCUAUCAUAGUUGUCUAUAGUCUCUACAUCUGUAAUGUAUAAUCUUAUAUCACAGCUGUAAAUGAGUUCGACUAAAGUCCCACACAGACACACACACACACACACACACACACACACAAACUAUUUUUAUUU